AUGACACGUGCCCGCCCGGCCUUCGUCACGGGCUGCCCCGCCCCCCGGCUUCGCUUUACCACUACUGCCUCCCUCAGCCCGCCUGCCGGACAUGAGCGGCAAGGCUCCCCCAGCACCAGUGGGGCCUCCCCCCUGCCCACGUGCCUUGCGGCGCCCACCACCGGCAUGGCGCGCGGCCUGGGCUCCUCCUCGGGCGGCGCGACGCUGGAGCGCUCCAAGCUGAGCCUGAAGCAGCGUUCGGCGCUGGGCGCCGCAGCGGCCAUGGGCGUGUUUGCCAACGCGCGGUACCAGGUGAUCGCGGGCGUGGACCGCUACCUCUUCGAUCAUGCCGCCUACCUGUGGAGCUACCUGGCUGCCUCGGGCGCCUUCCGCGCGCUGCGCUGA